AUGAGUGCUUGGCGGCAGAACACUCACUUUGUUUUAUCUUUUGUUCACGCCAACUGCUUCAUGGCUGCUAGAAGAGAGCUGUGGACUAAUUUAGUUGCUUCGAAUCCUGGUCAGGGUACGCCCUGGUUGGUGGCUGGUGACUUUAAUGCCACUCUGUUGGCUCAUGAAAAAAGAGGUCCUGGCACCUUCAAUAUGGGCUCUGCCACUGAGUUUGGAGCAAUGAUCGAUGGGUGUUCUCUUUUUCAAAUCCCUUCGCAGGGUCGCAAGUUUACCAAGACAAAUAAUAAAGGAAAAGGUAAUGUUAUGGCAAAGCUGGAUAGAAGUCUAUGCACAGAUGAUUGGUUCUCUCAGUUUCAAGAUUGUCAUCAAAAGGUGAUCUCCAUGGGAGCGUCCGAUCAUUCACCGCUAAUGGUAGUGUCUGAGGCUUCGUUAAAGCCUUUAAACUGCCCAUUUCGAUUCCAACGAUCUAGGGCUAACCAUGAAAAUUUUAAAAAAAUUGUGAAAGAUUCAUGGGAUGAUUGGAUUAGUGGAUCGGCCCUCUAUGUGUUUAGUCAGAAAAUUAAAAGAGUAAAAAUUACAAUGAAGGAGUGGGCUAGCGAAACUUUUCCCAAUGUGAAUCUUGAAAAGGAGGAGGCGCUAAAGGGGCUUGAGGAUAUCCAACAGGAAAUAGAGGGGAUGAAUGAUCAGGCCUUUGCUCGCGAGGCUGAUGCAAAAACCAGAUACCUCAAGGCGCUAGAGGGAUACGAAAAAUUUUGGCUUGAAAAAGCCCGGAUUAAAUGGAGAUUACAGGGCGAUAGAAGUUCAAAAUUUUUCCAUGUGGUGGUGAAGGUCAGAAGACUGAAAAAUACUAUAAGGACCAUGAAAAAUGGAGACGGGCAACUCAUUACUGAGAAGAUGAUACUGGAGGAGUUCGUGAAGAGCUACUAUGAGAAUUUUCUCAAGAGAUCCCCUACUAUUGAGCACAUGGAUAUGCUGGAAUGCAUUCCUUCUAUGUUGGCAGACAUAGAUAGAUGGAGAAUGGACUCGUUGCCAUCCAAUGAGGAGAUCAAAAGGGCGAUUUGGGAUCUCGAUCCUGAGAGCUCUCCGGACCCAGAUGGAUUUCCAGGUACAUUUUACAGAGCUUGUUGGGAGAUAAUAUCUGUUGAUGUUUGUAACGCUAUUAGGGGAUUUUUUAGUAGAGGUAGUAUGCCCUAUGGGUUAAAUAGCAACUUUCUAGUGCUUAUUCCCAAGGUUGAGGGGGCGAACUCCUUAGAAAAAUUCAGACCAUUAUGUAUGGGAAACUUUUUCGGUAAAAUUGUUUCUAAAAUCAUGGCCAUGAGACUCUCAGUUGUGAUGCCUAGACUAAUUUCAGAGGAGCAAGGGGCAUUCCAGAAGGAUAAAAUAAUUCACUCCAAUAUAAAUCUGGCUUCAGAGUUAGCUAAUAUGAUGUUCUCGGUGACCAGAGGGGGUGCCAUGGGCAUGAAGAUUGACUUUCAGAAGGCCUAUGAUACUAUUGCUUGA